AUGCCGGAAUUCAAUUGCUAUUUAUAUUAUAUCGUUCAUGUUUACGUAUUAAGUUGUAUGCUCUGUAAUCCAGCUUUUACUCGCAAUUCAUUAGAUGCAGCUAAGGCUGAAAUAGAAGCAGUUGUGGUCAUAAUGCAACGAAAGGCUAGUGGUAAAUGUGUUAAUAUUAAAGAAGUAACCCAUAAGAGUAUGCAACGUAAUGGCGAGGCCACAGCCAACCAUCGUUCUAUUCCUAGUACACACUGGUGUAAAUUGAUAUUUAUUAAUAGCAAUACACCACAGCGUGCACCUAGUAAGUCGUAG